GCUUUCCAGUAAUAACUUACAUAUGACUGUAGUAAACCUGUCAAGAAAUCAGUUAAUUUUUUUGUUGUAAAAAAUUCUGUUACAGUUGGUUUAAUUUUUAAAUGUUAUCUGACUUUAAGUGAGUUUUCACCUAUUUUCGUUUUCCAACACUGCACACUUUUCCUUUCAAUUUUUGGACAACACAUCUUUUCACCCCUAUGAAUUUUCUUCCACCUCUCGCUUUUCACUUUCCGCAAUGCCAUUUUCCGUUUGACAGUGAUGUUAGUUCUGCUCGUAUUUAUCGCGUGUAGUUUGAUUUUCGAGAAAUUUUCCUCCGGAAAUACAAAAGUGAAACAGUUCGCAUAAAUAAAAUUACAGCUGAAUGAUAAUAAGGAAAACUCAAAAAGUGUUUGAUAUACAUAUAUGAAAAUACCCUCGUUUCCAUUUAACUCUGUAAAUGAAAAAAUUAUGUCAAUCUAAACAGCAGCACAUCUAACCUAAAAAGUCACACAACUAGUGGUUGUUGGUGGCUGAAACUGUGUCAAUGGGCGAUAUUCUCGGCCCCCUAUCCUUUGCAUUUUAAGAAGUGAAUGAAAAACGAAGGAAUGCGAAAAUAGGGCAGAGAAUAGUAUACAUGUUUAUGUAUAAUCAUCGAACAGGCGUAGCAAAACAAAAGUAAAAGUACCCGGCAUUAUUGUGGUACUCACAUCGGCGAUCGUAAUAACACAAAGUACUGUACAGAAGAAAUUAGCAGAUUGGUUACAAAAACAAAAAUCAAAGAAAAGAAAUAAAUUGAAUUAGACCUUUGAUAUUAGUAAACCACGAGCUAACAACGAAUAUUGUCGCGCAUGAAAGUUCUCAGUCUUAUCGUGACACUCGAACCAAACGCAAGUGCUUAACAAAUAGGCAGAAAAGUAGUUACUUCAUGAUAGUUUGAAACUAUGCGCGCCGCAAACGACUUACAAUCACCCACCAGCGAAAUGGUGUUACUAACACCAGCCAGUGAAACGGCGCCCAGUGCUACAACAGAAAGUGCCACCGUUGGGGGGAUGAGCAAUGGCGGUGUUGGUGGACAACGUGAAGGAUCCGCAGAAUCAAAUACCAGCGCUGUGCGUAUGAAGAAACAAUUGGGAUUACUUGAAGGUGUUGCUAUCAUAUUGGGUAUAAUCUUUGGUUCGGGCAUUUUCAUAUCGCCCAAAGGUGUGAUACGUGAAGUAGAGGCGGUGGGAACUUCGCUCAUUAUUUGGGUGUUAUGCGGUUUGUUGUCGAUGAUUGGCGCGCUUUGUUAUGCCGAACUGGGCACGGCGAUUCCGAAAUCUGGUGGUGAUUAUGCGUAUAUUCUCGAAGCGUAUGGCUCGCUACCCGCUUUUCUCUACCUAUGGGAUGCAAUGAUGAUCUUUGUCCCUACAACGAAUGCCAUUAUGGGCCUCACCUUCGCCUCGUAUGUGCUGCAGCCCUUCUUCGACAAUGAGUGCAGCAUACCGGAGGGUGCACUACAACUGCUAGCCGCUGUAACCAUCUGCUUCCUGACCUACCUCAAUUCGUGUUAUAUGAAAGUAACGACGAAAAUGCAAAACGUAAUUAUGUUCACUAAAAUAGCAGCUUUAGUGUUAAUUAUCAUUGUGGGCGUGGUUUGGAUGUGCAUGGGUCACGUGCAGAACUUCGACAAGCCCUUCGAAAAUACACAGACCGAUCCUGGAAAAUUGUCGGUUGCCUUCUACUCGGGCAUUUUCUCCUACGCCGGCUGGAAUUACUUGAAUUUCAUGACAGAAGAACUGCGUGACCCAUAUAAAAAUCUGCCACGCGCUAUCUACAUUUCAUUGCCGCUGGUUACGGCUAUUUAUGUGCUCGCUAAUAUGGCCUACUUGGCGGUGUUGGCGCCCGCGGAAAUGAUCGCCUCCGAUGCAAUAGCAGUGUCCUUUGGCAACCGUGUGCUGGGUCUAUGGUCUUUCAUUAUACCCAUUAUGGUGGCGAUAUCGGCUUUUGGCGGGCUCUCGGUGCAUAUAAUGACUUCCUCGCGGAUGUGCUUUGUGGGCGCGCGAAACGGUCACAUGCCAGCUAUCUUGUCCAACAUAAGUGUGAAGCAAUUUACGCCAGUGCCAUCGCUGGUCUUUUUGUGCAUUUUGUCCAUUAUAAUGCUCGUCGUGAGCGAUGUUUAUGUGCUCAUCACUUACAGCAGCAUAGUGGAGUCAUUUUUCAUAAUGCUUUCGGUGUCGGCGGUGUUGUUCUUCCGCUAUACCCGCCCCGAUAUGGAACGUCCAAUUAAGGUUUCCCUUUGGAUACCAGCUGUGUUUGUUGUGAUAUGUGCCUUUCUGGUGAUCGUGCCCGUUUAUGUAGCCCCCUAUGAAGUUGGUAUGGGUGUUCUGAUAACGGUUGUAGGUGUGCCGUUCUACUACGUCGGUGUUGUGUGGAAGGAUAAGCCAAAGAUUUUACAGUCUGCAAUUAACCAAUUCACUUACGCGUGCCAAAAAAUGUUUAUGACAGCCAAAGAGGAGAAAUACGAAUGAUUCCUAUGUUAGAUAAAUACAAUAAUCUUCAUUUCUUUUACUAUUUGCUUAUUUAUUGAUAUUUUCUGUUGUUGUUGUUUAGUUUCCAAAGACUAAUACUCACCGAUUAACACUUUGUAUGUAUUUAAUUCUGUACAUAUAUAUAGUUAGGUAUAUAGUUUACGGUGUUUGAUAGUUGAAUGCUAUCGAUGUACCGUAAGUUAGUUACAGUUUAUAUUUUGUAAUGACAUUUAAACUUUUGCAUUAUUAGAAUUGAGUCACAAAAACCGUUUAACUUAAGAGGUAGAAUUCCAUUCUACAAUAACUAACCUCAAAUGUGCGCUAUAAAUAUGUUUUUCUCUUGUUCAUAAAAUCAGAUGACAUAACUGUCAUUUCAAAUAUUUUUUUUCAAAUAAUCUAAUUUAAGAUUAUAUAUAUUUAAUGGUUUUACAAUUUAUUUAUUAUAAAUUAUAAAGUUCAAUCGAAAUAUAUUAAUUUAAGUUAAGAAUUGCUUAGUAAAGAUGUCUUCGGCGAAGUAAUCGCUAGCUAAAAGUUAGUUUAUGGUUAGUUUCUUAACAAAAUGGUUCGCAAUAACUUACAAAAUAUUGUAUGUCUUUAGUAAUGCAUUUUGGUUAAAAUUACUUACAUACAGGGUUGCAAAUAAUGUAUUGAAAGAAUAAUUGAAUUAACAUUUCACGUCAAGUGUAGGCAACCUAAAGGAGUAACGGAACUCUAAACUAAUUUUUGAACUUUUAAUCCCAAAUACCGGGUUGAAAAAAAAUGUAAUUCCAAAUACAAAAAUAAACAAAAAUUUUGACAAAAACUGUAUAAAAAAUUUAUUUUUAGAAUUAACGGUUUACAAAAUGGUUUAUUAUAAGCAUAUAAUUAAGAACUAAAAUAAGAAAUUGCUUCAAAAUUAAAUUUUUUCGCGUUUUCAUACUUCCUGUUCUACCAGUUUGACCUAGAGCUCGAACAGAACCAUCAACUUCAAUUCUCUAGAGCAUUGGCCUGCACAUUCAAACGAAUUAUAUUUCAGAAAUGUUUAUGCCGAUUUUGGUAUUAAAAAUUAAAUGUUUAAUGUCUUAAAUUAAAAAAGGAAAAUUUCAAAUUGUUGAUCACAAACCUCUGUAUUUAAAAAUUAGAUAUCUUUAAGUUUUAAAUAUUAAAAUUUUAAAGAUUAAAGUCCAAUUUUGCAUUUGAAAAUUGAAAAUCUAAUCCACGAUGAUGAUUGCAACCCUGCUUAAGUUAUAUACUAUAAAUAAGAGUACAAAUAGAAGUCACGCCAAAAAUUCACCAAAAAGAAACCAAUUUGUUAUUCAAAUAAUUACAAUAAUAAUAAAAAAUUAUUCUUAAGUUAUAAAUUAUUAAAAAUAGAACAUUUUUAAUUAACAUUUUUUGGCAUUUAGUUAAUUUUCUAAAAUAAAUUUUAUACUUUAAAAUACAA